CCGCUUUCCAGCUUUAUUAUUAUUAUCUCCACCAUCCAGUCACGCCUCCUUCCCCUAAUUCCUCCAUCAAGAAACCGCCUCGCCUCGCCUCGCCUCGCUUUCCUACUCCUAUACGCCUCCUUCCUCUGUCUCCGCCGCCGAGAGAAUAUCUUCAAACCCUACCAUUUGCAGCUCCGACUUGUAGCGACAACUUGUUCAGGGAAAGUCGAAAUCAUGUGGGCCCAGCCUAGCCGGAAGAAUGACGUGGAGGCCGGAGCCUCGAGGCCUCUGUACCCGAUGAUGCUGGAAAGCCCGGAGCUCCGCUGGUCUUUCAUCAGGAAAAUCUACUCCAUCAUCUCCAUCCAGUUGCUCGCCACCAUCGCCGUCGCCGCAACCGUCGUCUCCGUGCGCCCGAUUGCGACCUUCUUCGUCAGUUCCGGCGCUGGAUUGGCUGUCUACAUCGUCCUCCUCGUCACGCCCUUCAUUGUUCUGUGCCCGUUGUAUUACUAUCACCAGAAGCAUCCCGUGAACUAUAUUCUCUUGGGGAUUUUCACCAUAACGAUUGCUUUCGCCGUGGGAUUGACGUGCGCAUUCACCAGCGGGAAAGUUAUCCUGGAAGCUGUGAUCCUGACAGCCACAAUGGUUGUGGGUUUAACCCUCUUCACAUUCUGGGCAGCUAAGAGAGGCUAUGAUUUCAAUUUCCUUGGACCCUUCUUGUUUGGUGCUGUACUUGUCCUCAUGGUUUUUGCUUUCAUCCAGAUUCUGUUCCCAUUGGGUAAGCUGUCACAGACGAUUUACGGGUGCUUGGCUUCAAUCAUCUUCUGUGGUUACAUUGUGUACGACACGGACAACCUCAUCAAGCGCUACUCAUAUGAUGAAUAUAUCUGGGCUGCUGUAUCUCUCUACUUGGACAUCAUCAACCUGUUCCUCUCAUUGUUGACCAUCUUCAGGGCUGCCGAUUCGUAGAGUGCCUAUGAUGAACCCUUUGGAUUCUUAUGAAGUCUUCACACAGCCACCGAGUGAAAUUGUAACUAGUGGCUUUAGGGUCUCUACUUUCCCUCUUUGGUUUAUGGAUAUUCAGUUGUAGAAGAUAGAUGUAAAUGUGAUGAGACUGUUACUAUUGGGGGGAAGAAAUGUUGAAACUGAAUAUAGUAUUUUGUUGAAUGUGCCAGGAAGGUCUCUAGUCGGUUGCUUAUAUGCUUGAGAGUUCGCUUUAGUAUCUAACAAAAACCUGCAGUGUUCAUCCAGCCAGAGGGCACUUGACGUCUUAACCCACAAGGAUGCGAUCCCUUGACACGGCAUAACUGCAG